GUAUCGGACAGAACAAUGAAACGGCAAGUACUGUUGUUCAUCUCCAUCUUCUGCCUCGGCUCUGUGCUCGGGCAGGUCAGCUACUCUAUUCCGGAGGAAAUGGCAAAAGGCUCUCUGGUCGGUAACAUAGCUCAGGAUUUAGCUUUAGACGUCAGACGGCUUAAGUCAGGUAAAGCUCGUAUUUAUACGGGAGACAGUGUUCAGUAUAUCGAGCUGAACAGAGAAAGAGGAGUCCUCGUUAUUAAAGAGAAAAUAGACCGCGAGGCGCUCUGCAGACAGACGACGCCUUGCGCUUUGCAUUUUCAGAUUACGUUAGAAAACCCACUAGAAUUAUUUCCAGUUACUGUAGAAAUCACAGAUAUUAAUGACAAUGCUCCAUUAUUUCAAAAGGAGGAGAGGAGAUUUGAAAUAAGCGAGACAGCAGUCAUCGGCUCUAAAUUCAUGCUGGAGAAAGCGAUGGACCCUGAUAUAGGACUGAAUGGUCUGCAGAGAUACACCCUAAAGCCGAGUGACAAUUUUGUGCUUAAACUGCAUUCUCAAUCCGAUGGAAGCAAAAAGGUAGAAAUGAUUUUACAAAAGCCGUUAGACCGAGAGAAACAAGAAUACCUAUCGUUAGUGCUGACAGCGGAGGAUGGAGGAGAACCACAAAUGACUGGAACAAUGCAGAUUCAUAUCACUGUGCUGGAUGCAAACGACAAUGCCCCUGUUUUUAGUCAACCUGUUUACAAAGCAAGCAUUACAGAAAACUCCGCAAUAGGAACACUUGUUACGAAGGUCAGUGCUUCUGAUGCAGACAAAGGCUCAAAUGGAGAGGUGAUCUACGUCAUCGGGAAUAGCAUGGAUACUGUUUCAACGUUAUUUCACAUUAAUAAGGAAGGAGAUGUGAUACUAGAUGGCCCGAUAGACUAUGAAAAAGAAAAGAAUUAUCACAUCGAUAUAGAGGCGAUGGAUCAGGGCGGACUCUCGGAUUCAAGUAAGAUAAUAAUUGAUGUAAUUGACGUGAAUGACAACAGCCCUAUUGUAAAUAUGAUAUCUACAUCAGGCUCAGUACCAGAAGAUUCAGCACACAAAACAGUAAUCGCUUUAAUGAGUGUUAAUGACCCUGAUUCUGAAACCAAUGGGAAAGUAAAUUGUGUGAUAAAUGAAAAUAUCCCAUUUGAAAUUAAAUUUACAUCCAAUAAUUUCUAUAGUUUAGUGACAGACAGUGAUUUAGACAGAGAGAGGGACUCUGACUAUAAUAUAACAGUGACGUGCUCUGAUGAGGGAGUGCCCUCCCUCUCCAGCAGCGUCACUCUCACCUUACAGAUCUCUGAUGUGAAUGAUAACGCGCCUGUCUUUGAGAGGAGCUCAUAUGAGGCCUACAUUGUAGAAAACAACACACCAGGCCUCUCUAUAUUCACAGUGAAAGCCAGAGACGCUGACUGGAACCAGAAUGCCCGUGUUUCUUACAUACUGGAGGACUCCUCUGUUAACGGAGUGCCAGUCUCCUCAUAUGUGUCCGUUAGUGCUGAUAGUGGAGUCAUCCAUGCAGUGCGCUCUUUUGACUACGAGCAGAUCAAAGACUUCCACUUCCGCGUCAAAGCGCAGGAUGGAGGUUCCCCUCCACUCAGUAGCAACGUGACUGUGAAAGUACUGAUCCAGGACCAGAAUGACAACCCCCCUCAGGUCCUGUACCCAGUCCAGACUGGUGGCUCUCUGGUGGCUGAACUGGUGCCUCGUUCAGCAGAUGUGGGCUAUCUGGUCACUAAAGUGGUGGCUGUUGAUGUGGACUCUGGACAGAAUGCCUGGCUCUCCUAUAAACUGCAGAAAGCCACAGACAGGGCGCUGUUUGAAGUGGGCUUACAGAAUGGAGAAAUAAGAACUAUCCGCCAAGUCACUGAUAAAGAUGCUGUGAAACAAAGACUGACUGUCAUAGUGGAGGACAACGGGCAGCCCUCUCGUUCAGCUACAGUCAUUGUUAACGUGGCGGUGGCGGACAGCUUCCCUGAAGUGCUGUCUGAGUUCACUGACUUUACACACGACAAGGAGUACAAUGACAACCUGACUUUUUACUUAGUGUUGGCUCUGGCUGUAGUCUCCUUCCUCUUCAUCACGUGUUUAGUGGUUAUUAUAUCAGUGAAGAUCUACAGGUGGAGACAGUCUCGCGUCCUGUAUCACUCCAGUCUCCCUGUGAUUCCAUAUUAUCCACCACGUUACUCAGACACUUUGGGGACAGGGACUCUCCAACACGUGUACAACUACGAGGUGUGCAGGACGACUGACUCCAGAAAGAGUGACUGUAAGUUCGGAGGAGCCGGUAGUCAGAACGUGCUGAUAAUGGACCCCAGUUCUACAGGGACGAUGCAGCGGAUACAGUGUGAGAAGAGCAUCCUGGAUGAACCAGACUCUCCUCUAGAGGUUAGAAUAUUACGAUUCUUCUUAUCAAACUCAUAGUUUUAUUUAAUUUUA